GGCUCAAUACCCACUGCGCAUGCGCGUUGCCGUCAGCUGGGCGCCGAGGAAGCAGCAUCAUGGCGGCGUCCGCUGCUGGCGUGCAGUGUGCCUUCAGGAGAGCGAUGGUCCCGUCGCUGGUGGUGAUUUUGGGAGCUACCGGCACCGGGAAGUCCAAGCUGGCUAUCGAGCUCGGAAGGCGGCUUCAGGGAGAAAUCAUCAGCGCUGACUCCAUGCAGGUCUACCAGGGUCUCGACAUCAUCACCAACAAGGUGACAGCCGAGGAGCGCGCCCAGUGCCGACAUCACAUGAUCGGCUUUGUGGACCCGUUGGUCAGCAGCUACACGGUGGUGGACUUCCGAAACAAAGCCCUGGCUCUCAUAGAUGACAUGCACAGCAGAAACAGGCUGCCAGUCGUCGUAGGAGGAACUAACUAUUACAUCGAGUCCCUGCUGUGGAGAGUCCUGCUGGACACAGGGCAGGAGAACGAGGAGCCAGGGGACGGAGGAGAUGGAGCCCCGAACAGGAAGCUGGAGCUGGAGAAACUGGGAGGAGCGGAGUUACAUAAACGACUGGCAGAGGUGGACCCCAAAAUGGCUGCCAUGUUGCACCCCAACGACCGACGCAAGAUAGCCAGGAGUCUUCAAGUCCAUGAGGAGACAGGCGUCUGCCAUAGCCGCUGGCUGGAGGAGCAAAGGGAGCAGGAGGGUGGCGAUGGGCUGGGGGGGCCGCUGAGAUACCCAGACCCCUGCAUCUUCUGGCUGCACGCUGAAAUGGACGCUCUAGACAAGCGGUUGGAUGCUCGUGUAGAUCAGAUGUUGUCUGCCGGACUCAUAGAGGAGCUCAGAGACUUCCAUGUUCGCUACAAUCAGCAGAAAGUCCAGGAUGACAGUCAGAACUAUCAACAGGGGAUUUUCCAGUCGAUCGGUUUUAAGGAGUUCCACGACUACCUGACGGCUCCUGAAAGCAGCACUCAGCAGGAGAAGGACACGCUACGAGACAAAGGUGUAGAGGCUUUGAAGAUCGCUACGAGGCGUUACGCCCGCAAACAGAAUAAAUGGGUCCGUAACCGCUUCCUUAAACGACCAGGAGACAACGUGCCAGUGGUGUAUGGCCUGGAUGUGACGGACGUGUCGAGGUGGGCGGAGACGGCGCUGAACCCUGCACUGCAGAUACUGGACAGUCUCAGCAAGGGUGAGGAGCCAGCUCUUCAGCCAAUCAGAGUGCAGGAGGCGGCGCAGAGGAACAAACGGAGCCGCCACACAUGUGAUCUGUGUGACAAAGUGAUCAUCGGGGACCUGGAGUGGACAGCUCACCUGAGGUCCAAAAAGCAUCACUACCACAUUAAGAAGAAGAGAAAGUUGGAUCCGGCCAGUGGCCAAUCCCAGGUCCCCCCUGCACCUCCAGAGAUUGUGGACGGCGUCUCAGAGGACCCUUGUGUUACUGUUGCCCCGGGCUGCACCGAAACCUCGCAGGAGACUUCCCAGGACACCAGGACUACAGACAAGGAAGUACCUGUGACAGUUUAAGGGUGACGCAGACUCUGGACUACAUCUUCAUUCAGGUUUCCACCACAGCACUAACAGCUGUUUCCCUCUUGGAUUCCAUAGAGUUGAAUUGAGCUGCAUUUUCUCUAUGAUCCUUAUUUGUCAGACUAUUAAAAUGGCAUGACCGACCUUCUUAUUAGCCCUGUAGAUUCAGGAAUUAAUAACAAUGUGAAUAGCAAAGAGCAUAUUUGAAAUAUUCCAACAUAUAUUUUUAGAGUGUGGAUCCUUGAAACGGUUUAUUUUUGUAGUAGAGGUGUUGAUAGUGCAGACAAAUCGACAUUCUGGACCUAAAAGAAGUGUGCAGCCAAACAACUGUAAUUUCAAGGACUCUGCUUUCCCACCGCCUAUUAAAGGGAAACUUUUUAUUUUUUA